AUGUCAUCUUCGAACCUCUUGACGAUCGACUCGCCGGAACAGUUCAAGGACGUCCUCUCCCGCGACCUGAACAAGGUCUCGGUGCUCGAUUUCUGGGCGACAUGGGCGCAGCCUUGUGAGAAGAUGAACGAGGUCGUCAAGGAGGCGAGCGAAAAGUACAAGGACGUUUUGUUCCUCAUGAUCGAGGCGGAUGUGCAGGACGAGAUUGCCGAUUCGUUUGAUAUCGAGGAAGUGCCCACUUUCCUCAUCCUCAGGGGACACACUCUCCUCGCCCGACAUGCCGGUUCGAACGCUCCCCUCCUCCUUCAACUCAUCGAACAACACUCUUCAUCUUCCAACUCGAUCCCCACACCAUUGAGCUCUACCACGAAAUCUCCUAUCGCACCUCCUACCUCUGUCCCGGACGCCUCAUCCACUUCGAACUCGAACUCGAUCCCGCCUUAUGGGACCGAGACGGACGAACAGCUCGAAGCCCGUUGUACCACGCUGAUGAACCGACACAAGGUCGUCUUGUUCAUGAAAGGGAACCCCAGCGCGCCCAAGUGCGGGUUCAGUAGACAGAUCGUCGGGUUGUUAAGGGAACGGGGGGUCGAGUUCGCUUGGUAUGAUAUCCUCAGCGAUCAGGCUGUCAGGGAGGGAUUGAAGAAGAUGAACGAUUGGCCGACGUUCCCUCAAGUGAUCCUCAACGGCGAGCUGAUCGGCGGAUUGGACAUCUUCAAGGAUUCGCUGGAGAGUGGAGAAUGGGACGAGAUGUACAACUCUACCGAUUGA